UCGUCUUUUUCCAUUGAUUAUGAAUCAUUAUUGCAGGUGAAUUAAUUGUCGACGCCGGAGAAUGAAGUGGAGUGUCGUUGACGUUUUUUCGGAGCUAUUUUAGAGGGCCAUUUAUUGGUGAGAUUUUUACGAAGCGAGUGUAGGUGGAGCCGAAGAGAAAAAGAGAAGUUUAGUUUCCAUGUAUCGGUGGAUUUGAGGGGGACGUGCUUGGUGCCUAGUCGAUGACUACAUGUCAAAAACGUCGAGUCCGGUGGUUCUCCCGCAACGAUAUAAUCAUUUAUAUUUUUUAAUUUAAUACAGUUCGUGGAUAUAUUUUUUUUUACAAUUUGUUAGUGAAAAGGCGACAAUAUGUUGGCGUUGAUCAACAGAAUUCUUGACUGGUUCAAGUCACUUUUUUGGAAGGAGGAGAUGGAGUUGACACUCGUUGGCCUACAGUACAGUGGAAAAACUACUUUCGUUAAUGUCAUUGCGUCUGGACAGUUCAGUGAGGACAUGAUCCCCACAGUAGGCUUCAAUAUGCGUAAGAUAACGAAAGGAAACGUCACUAUCAAAGUAUGGGACAUUGGUGGUCAACCGAGAUUCCGAUCCAUGUGGGAAAGAUACUGCAGAGGUGUCAAUGCCAUUGUGUACAUGGUUGAUGCUGCUGAUUCAGAGAAAAUCGAAGCUAGUCGCAAUGAGCUGCACAAUUUGUUGGACAAGCCACAGUUGUCAGGCAUACCCGUUUUAGUGCUCGGGAAUAAGAGGGAUUUACCACAUGCUCUGGAUGAAAAUGGACUCAUAGAUAGGAUGAAUCUCUCAGCAAUCCAAGAUCGUGAAAUCUGCUGUUACAGUAUUUCAUGCAAAGAGAAGGACAACAUUGACAUCACCCUCCAGUGGCUUAUAGCUCACUCAAAGGGUGGCGUUCGCUAAUCCCCAUUGCAACUUCACACCACAAAUCAAUAUAUAUUAAAAAUCGAUGAAAAAAAGAAGUACCAUGGGCGUAAUGAAGAAGCUCGGGAACAAUGGGGGCACACGUUCGGGAAUGUUUCUGAUUCAUUCUGUUUCAUAGUGCAUCAAAUAGCGUAGAGGAAAAAAAAUAAUAUGAGGUAUAAAAUUUUUUUAUUUUGUUCUCGCUUAAAAUCGUGGUUGAAGGAUGCUCAUUAUUAAAAUUCAUUUUUUAAUGAAUGAGAGAAAUUGCUUGAGGAGUGAAGCUCAUAUUAAAAAGCGGCACAAUUGCCGAUGGCACGUAGUUUGUAAGUGAACGAAUAAUUUUUUAUAUUUUCCGGUCGAUUAUGUGCCUGAAUGAAAUUAGGAGAUUGGGUAACUUUUUUUCUUCAUCAUUCAGAUCACUCUGUCAAUAUCUGUGAAACUAGUCGGCCUAGGGGUAAAUGUCGAGAGGAUUUGUUGUAGGACAUUUCUACGAUCCACAAAGAAAUUCUUUUGACAUCUCAUUCUCAAUCCACUAGUGUCAGAUGAAAUUGUGAAAUAUCCGGCAGAUAUAACUUUAGCUGACUGGGGGAUUCAGAAUUACUUCAUAAAUGCUUAUGAAAUUUUUAGAUUUAUUGAGUAAAGUGAAAAGACAGUUUUUGGUCAGAAAGUGUAAAAAAAACUGUUGACACUUUUUCCGACAUUAUUGAUCAUCGAGAUAAUACUACAACUAAUAAUUCAGUUUUUUAAAUUUUUGUUAAUCGUGUAAUUAUCUCGGUGAUGAGUGGGUUAAAAUUUAGAUUGAUUAAUUACGUUCUGGGGCGUAAAUUAUUGUGAUUAUGUAUCGAAUCGAUUUAAUGACUCAAUUGAAUGAAAAAGUCGAUGGCUUUUCCACUGACAAUUGCAGCUUUCCUCCUAAUUUAACUUAGAAUCCCCCCAAUAAUUGAUUAAUUUCUUCUCGUGCUCCCCUAUUUUUUCAAUAAUUAUAUUUUUUUUACUUCAUGAGUUCACUGAAUUCUAGAAGAGACAUUCAAUUUAAGAGCUUAACUAAUACCAGAUAGUUAUAUAUAAUGAUAUAAAUAACUACUGAGAGAACUACUGGCGCAAAAAAGUCUCAACAAAUAAUUUUUUUGGCAUACACAGAGUCUGUAACGAAAAUCUCUAAAUCUAGAUGAUGAAAUUAUAAAAAUAAACGAAAUAAUUAAUGAAAAAAAUAUUGAAGAAUUAAUUAAUCAUAUACUACACUAUCAAGAUUAAAUCUUUGUAUAAUUUAGAAUUACUUGUGAGAAAAUAAUAUAAAAAACCAAGGAACUUAUUCGUAAAUUACCAGUAUGACUGUUGUGUUAUGUAUAUAUAUAUUAUAAAAGCAUAAAAUGAUUGUAAUUGA